CCUCUCUCCUUAUUUAAAACUUGUCCACCCAUCUUCCAUAUUCCUCCUCCACAAACAAUAUUCUCCUUCUUCUGCAUAAAAUUUCCUCCACCUCUCAACUUCCUUUCACUACCCAACUGAAGCAGCCCAUAUUGAAAUUCUAAUUCCAAACUCAAAAUGAGAAAAGUGGUAUUGAAAUUGGACUUACAUGAUGAUAGAGGAAAGCAAAAGGCUUUGAAAGUAGUAUCUGUUCUUCAAGGAAUUGAAUCAAUCGCCAUGGACAUGAAAGACAAAAAGUUGACGGUGAUUGGGGAUGUAGACCCUGUUGAUGUCAUCACUAAGAUUCGAAAGCAUUGGCCGAACGCCGACGUUGUCAGCAUCGGCCCUGCAAAGGAAGAGAAGAAGGAAGAGCUGAAGAACCAAAAUGAAAAGAUGGAAGAGCUGCUUAAAUUGUAUAAAAACUAUGAUCAUCAUAGUUAUGCUCAUAAUUAUGAUGUGUAUGGUGAAGAGGAGAAUCCAAACUCUUGUGUCAUAAGUUAACAUUUCAAUUAAGUAUAGUUGAACUGGUUACAAUAUUAUAUAUGUCCUUAAUUAAGAGGAUUGAUACUUUAAUCGUCUCAAAUUCUACAUUGUGGUUGGUUGAUUCUAUUAGUUGUAUUAAUAGAAUUUAGACUAUUUUAAACUUGUAUUGAUUGAUUGGAAAUUGUGACUUUGAGAAUCAA